UGCACCACGGACGCGCCCACCUGUUCUUCUUCCGACUCCUUUUGCUGCCGUGCCUCGCCGUACAUACUGUAAACUUGUCAAGAUGCGGGACCGCUGAUUGGCGCUUGGCGCGUAGUCUUCGGCGCACUCCCGCUCCCACAGGCUUCGGCCAGAAAGGAGCCAGAACGGGCGAUGCAGCGCCCAUCGUCAUCCAUUACCGCUCGCCAGCGCUCCUCCAAGCCGCACCACCCGCAAUGGCGCUUCACAUGCGCGACAGAACAUGCGAAGAGGAGCGCACUGCGGCCUCCUGCUUACCAGUCCAGGCAUGCAUGUGGCAGCACAAAGGCGCGCUUUCAGCCCUUGUCCGCAGCCCCCCCGUGGCGCCGCUCUCGCGCGAGAUUGUCGCUCACGCCCAGACAUCUCGGCGCUCCAUACAUAUCAACUUCCAGUCCCUGCGCCCAUGAACCCUUUCCCCCGUCCUCCCCCGUCCUCCCCCGUCCCGCUCACCAUGGCCGCCCUCUCGCUACAGGGCGUCCGCAUCGUCCAGGUCCUCGUCGCCUCCACUGUCGUUCUCAUUCUCUUUCUGACCGUCAGCCAUUAUGGCGCCGAUUCGCUGAAGAACAGCGGCAUCGCCGACCAUGUCCCCAACGUCGUGCCCGACAAGCUGUCGAAACCGAGUCUGCCCUUCACCUCCGAGGCCCCGCCGGAGCCGCAGCCUGCGAAUGAGACGUUGAAUUUCCAGGAGAUCAUCUACGUGAGCAUGCCGUAUCGGACCGACAGGCAGGAUGCACUGUCGCUCAUCGCCGCCGUUACCGGCCUGAAGCUCACCAUGAUUCCUGGCGUCAGAGCAGACGAGAUCCACCCGAAAGCCAUGCCGCCCCAUGUCGGAAACAACAAUAUGACCGGGACCCCACCGCUGGGUAUCUGGAGAGCCCACGCGAACGUCUGGCGAUACAUCAUCGACAACAACGUCCAGAGCGCCCUGGUUAUCGAGGAUGAUGUCGACUGGGAUGUGAAUAUCAAGCACAUUAUGGGCAUGUUGUCGUGGCAGAUGCGCUACAACAACACCAUACGCUGGGGCAAGGACAACGUGCAAAAGGGCUGGGACGAAGAUUGCCCAUACGGCUGCGACUGGGACGAGCUCUUCGUCGGCCACUGCGGCGGCAAGCCCAACCAGAACCGCCUCGAUCUGCACCAAGUCUACGCCGAACCCCACUCGCCCAAACUCGACGUCCUGCAAAACUGGGCCAAGAAGGAAAUAACCCAAAUCUGGAACCUCACCGAGUCGGAAGGCCACCGCGUCCUCGCCCCCACGUAUGAACCCAUCUGCCUCAUGGGCUACGGCAUCUCGCGCAUGGGCGCUAUGCGCAUGCUGUACCAGAUCGGCGGCUGGCGACCCUUUGGAUAUCCUGUGGAUAACGAGUUGGCAUGGCGGACGAGUGAGGGCGUGAUAAGCGGGUACACCAUGAUGCCGCCGGCCUUUACAAGUUGGAGAGUCGGCGGCAGCCAAGACUCGGAUAAUGACGUGGGAAUGAAUUCCCAGGAAGUUCAAUCGCAGGGCAAUAUGGGCGGACACAGCGAGAAUUUGAAGAACUCGGUGAGGAAACAUCUCGCCGAGUACUUCAAGAAGAACUAUUGGGAGGACAUGGCGAAUGAGAUUCGCUGAGCUUGGAGCAUUUGCAUUGGGAGGAGUUGGGAGUCCGGUCUUACGCCUGAAGAGGGUGGUUGUCUGCGUUCGAGCGGGCGUGUGUAACAAUAUCUUCUGCAUAGACAUUAAAAUACCCAAGUCAAGUUGUGUGUUUCUAGGGCGCUGCCCCAGCCUACCUCGUGCACUCCUGAUUCGAUUAGCGGCGCUCAGUAU